AUGGACGCGCAGAAGCCAGAUCAAACGCGGUCAGUUCUGAUUCUUUAUGGGUCAGAGACUGGAAACGCACAAGAAGUGGCCGAAGAAUUAGGCGCAGUGACUGAGCGACUCCGUUUUGCAACGCAUGUUUCGGAGUUAAACCAGGUGAAACCAGAAACUCUUUUCAACUACAGCCUCACGAUUUUUGUUGUAUCAACAACCGGACAAGGUGAUUUGCCUGCCAAUGCACGGACCUUCUGGAAGUCGUUAUUGCUCAAGAGACUUCCACCUACAUUUCUAAAUGGCGUGAAUUUUGCAAGUUUUGGUCUGGGUGACAGCUCUUAUCCCAAGUUCAAUUGGGCGGUGCGCAAGCUUUACAAACGACUGCUUCAGCUGGGUGCAAAUGACAUCUAUCCGACUGGAGAAGCAGAUCAACAGCAUCCAGAGGGACUCGAAGGAACAUUUCUCCCAUGGAUCGCAGAUUUUCGAAAGCAUUUGUUGGAUCGCCAUCCCCUCCCGGCUGGACAACAUCCUAUCCCAGAAAAUAUCCAGCUGCCUCCAAAGUGGAUUCUGCAGCUGAAAGAAGGAGAGUCACCGGUCACCGUACCAGAAGGCACAUUAACGACAUCCUCGGUCGAUACAAACGAAUACCCGGGGUUAUCGAAUUUGGACCACGAUAUUCGACCCCUUCCAGAUACCCUCACUGCAACCCUCGACGAGAAUCGACGCGUAACUCCCCAAAAUCACUGGCAGGAUGUUCGCCGCAUCACCUUGACCGUUUCAGAGUCUGUUCAAUAUGCUCCUGGCGAUAUGAUCGCCAUAACCCCGAAAACAUCUCCUACCGAUGUGCAAUCAUUUCUUUAUAUCAUGGGCUGGAAUGAUGCCGCAGAUCUUCCAAUUUCUCUUGUUCCUACAGGAAAUACACCAUCACCGUCACCAAUACCUGGCCUCGAUUCAUAUCCUCAGUUAACGCUCCGCUCACUCCUCAUAGAUUAUCUAGAUCUCAAAGCCAUACCUCGCAGAUCAUUCUUUUCGACUAUUGCGCAUUACACGAACGAUGAAUUGCAAAAAGAGCGCCUUCAAGAAUUUACCAACCCGGAAUACCUGGACGAACUUUGGGAUUAUACAUCGCGACCGCGACGUAGCAUUCUCGAAGUGAUGCACGAAUUCGACACCGUGAAAAUUCCCUGGCAACACGCGGUGUCUGUACUCCCAGUGAUGCGAGCCCGCCAAUUCAGCAUCGCCAGCGGUGGCGCCCGUAAGCGAACGGUGGAUGGAAGAACCCAGUUUGAACUCCUGGUCGCUAUCGUGAAGUACCAGACUAUCAUCAAGCGGGUGCGUGAGGGAGUAUGCACGAAAUACCUCUCAACCCUCCGACCAGGCAGUACCCUUCGCGUCCAACUCCAGCCAGGCGGCCUUAACUCAUCUAUCCAGCAGUUGACUGCAUCGAACAUUCUUAUUGGACCAGGCACAGGCAUUGCCCCUCUUCGAUCGAUGUUGUGGGAAAAAGCAGCGCUAGUCCAAGCCUAUCGUGAACAGAAUCCUGGCGUUGAACCCCCGAUCGGGCCAACAGUCCUGCUCUACGGAGGUCGCAAUCGCGAAGCAGAUUUCUUCUUCUCUGAAGAAUGGGACGAGUUAGCAAAACUUAUCCCUCUGCAGGUCCUGACUGCAUUUUCGCGUGAUCAACAGAUGAAGGUCUACGUGCAGGAUACUAUUCGUCAGAAUUUCCAGCUAUUUUUUAGACUCUUGCAUGAACUACAGGGAUCUGUAUAUAUCUGUGGUUCAUCGGGGCGUAUGCCCCAGGCUGUGCGAGAAGCAUUGAUAGAAGCAUUUCAGAAUGGCGGUGCACCGCUUGCUGGGCAACCGUACAGUCGGUCACAGGCGGAGGAAUACUUGGUUAGCAUGGAAAAAAGCGGACGAUACAAGCAGGAGACUUGGUGA